CCUAGGUCUUUCCAUUAAUGUAUCUUAUGAGUUUAGAUGCUGCUCCUAGGCUUGUGCGCUACAAAUCCAUCCCCUCACGAUCUCCACGAGGAGCUAAAGCGGAGCGUGCUCAGUUGAUGGAGUUGUUAUCUUUGUUGCCAUCAAAUUGGAUAUCCAUGGGACCGGCACAAUUGGUUUGGCCAUUGGAGUCGUCCUCUGUCUUUUCGAUUCAUUUUUUUCACAAUUAAUUAAUCUCAUUAAUGGUGUAUUUGGAGGUGAUAUAUUCUACCUUUCCAAGUUGGUUUGGAUUUCUUCAAUUCCCUCCAAGAUCUGUAGUUUCAUGUGGAUGACAUCCCUCUCGAAGAUCUCUACCAUCGACAACCUGAGGAAGAGAGGCAUGAUUCUUACAAACUGGUGCUCUCUAUGCAAAUGUCAAGAGGAGUCUGUCUCACAUCUCUUGUUCUCGUACUCAUUUUCGGCUGCAAUUUGGAUAAAAUUUACAAAGAUGCUUCUGUUUCACGGUCCGUUUCCAGCUAAUACCAGUUCUUUUUCUCCUAGCUUGGAGAGGCUUGAGGUAUGAUCCAAAACUUAAGGAAUUUGCCAAGGUCUUGCCACAUGCAGUGUUUUGGUCCAUCUGGAAUGAGCGAAACAUUAUAAUUUUUCGUGACUUGGAAGCUUCACACUCUGAGGUUUGCAAUAAGAUUGUUCAGAUGGUUGGUAGAUGGUUGCAAGCUUUUGGACUUAUCUCUGAUGAUUAUUUUCAGCAGUGGUUAAGGAUUGGGGCAGACUGAGUAAAUAUUUAUGAUUGUUGUAUUUUUUUUUUGUUCUUCUUUUUUCAGUUUUUUGUGCCCCUUUCUUGAAUUUUGUCAUAGGUGGGUUUUGACUUUGUUGGAUAGAUAUGUUUUUUCUAUUUCUAUUUUGUAGCACGUUGUCAUCUACUUUUUUUUUUUUUUAUGUAUUUUCUUCUGUGGUUCCACAGUUUUGUGGCAUCGACUCUUUUUUUUAUUAGCAUGUUUAUCUUAUUUUCGAUUUGGUAAUAAAAUUGAGUCUCAUCAUUCAUAAAAAAAAUUCUCGACACAUUAAACUGCUUCUUUGGAAUUCUUUCUGUUUUGUUUAGGUGUAGCGAUCCCGACCAUCUUGACAGUACCAAGAACAUGAUCGAAGGACUCAUAUACCAGAAACUUGACACGAAAUUGAAGCCAUUAGCUCUGCCACAUUCUCUCACUCCUAGAACCCUAAUCCAUUCUCUCAACCAAAUUGAUCAUUUGCUCCUCGUCCUUACUACGAUUAAGGAAUCAUUUGAGCUAAUGUCAGCAAUUUUGCAGGAAAAAUCGACGACAAAGUAAAACUCCGAAAUAGGUAUGAGAAAAAUUGGAAUCAACUAGCAACUAAACAUAAGCAAAAGAUUUGAGUGUAAAUUAAUAUAAGCAUAUUAUGGAUACUUUGGACUAAUGACAAUACCAAAAUCACUUUCAGCUUGAAAGGUACUAAUAAUAGUUAACCAACACCUUAGUUGCCAAGUUACCUGAAAAGAUUGUCCUGACCGCAUAGAGUGAUGACCGAGUACCCCAUGAAGCCAUCACCCAUCUCCAUAUUCUGCAAAGGGACAUCAUUUCCUGUUCUAAUUUAAGCCAUUGGCUAGGUAACCGGGAACGGUACGAUGUGACCCAAAUGGGACAAACCUGGGCUUAUUAAACUUGGAAAAAGACUCUUCCUUUCGCUUUCUCUCUCGACUACAACUGCUUCAGUGUGCCUCUUCACUAUCCCUGCUUCCCUCUGUUCGUCGGCUGUCAACCGGAGAUUCGGCUCCUCUCGACACAAGGCUUCCUCUACUCCACUUGGGUAUUUCCUUGCACUUUUUCUUCCUUCCUUCCUUCGUAUUUCCGACUAUUUUAUCCGGCAUGAUAACUUUUCAUCGUUGACGUUUGAUUCACAAUGCCGAAAUUCGCUGCUGGAUUGAUCAUUGGGUUCUUUUAUCUUUGCUCUUUGGCCCACUACUUGUUUUGGUUUCAAUACAACAACCUUAUUUAUCGUCGAUGGCGAUUGGGGAGUGGACUUUACUUCUUGAUUGUGGGGAGGGGGUCAAGCUGAUAUGGUGAAAUUCCUUUGAUCAGCUAUAGAAAAGACAAGUUAACUGAAGUGAAUGUUGUUGAUCGUGCCUACUGCAAAAAGAACAAGAUGGACUUUCUGCCAAAUAAUUUUUUUUUUAUGAACUUGACUGUUGUGUGAUUUCAGGAGGCAGCUUCACUCCAUGCAUACUUGAAAAACUGGAAAGGGUUUGGCAAUGGGGAAGACAGUGAAAGUCUAUGGAUUCCCCUCUGGUGUUACUGCCGAAGCAGCUAAAAGUUGCCUCGAAAGGCAUACGGGUGAAGGUACCAUUGAGGCCCUUAAGACGAGGCCGGCCAAGAAUGUUCCUAGAUCAUAUGCUAUUGUUCAGUUCACAACCAUUGAAAAGGCUGAAUAUAUGUUGUCUCGCGAAGCAGGCAACUUUAUUUUGGUACUUCAUAUCUACAAGUGCAAGCCAUGGAUCACGAUGUUAUACCUAGGCCGACGACUUUUCUUCAUGUCAUUGAAGGUGCAGUGCUGCACUUUGGAUGUCAAACAUCCAGGGAGAAGUUCUCCGAUCUCUGGAGAGCAACUGAUGUUUUGAUGAAGUUUGGACAUGGGAUGAGGAAACUGCAUUUCUAUCUUUCUCAUCAUGGAACUGAUUACAAGCUUGACCUCCGGUAUGAGAACAUAUGGCAGAUUGAGCUACAUCGCCCACGAGGUCAACAUGUGAAGUAUCUUGUGUUUCAGUUGUUUGGUGCUCCUCGGAUUUUCGAGAAAGAUGUGUGCAUGUCAUUUAAUUCAUAUGAUGGUCCUCUUUGGAAUUUCUAUAAGGCUGGGUCUGAUGUUCAAUGGGUAAGAACAACUGACUUCACACAAUCUUGCCGCAUUGGUCAUGCCUCUUCGCUAUGCUUGGAGGUUCCUCAUGACUUUAGACUUCCGGAUCUGGCUGAUAGUGAUGGGAAGUUUAUUUUAGAGGAUGGCAGUCCCUUUUCACAGAAUCCGAGUCUAGUCCCAAUUGUUGGUCCUCCCCUGAAGGUUGAUUUACCUUUCGAGAUUCUGUUCAAAGUCAAUUUACUUGUUCAGAAUGGAUGCCUUCCAGGGCCUGCACUUGAUGCUGACUUCUACAAGCUGGUUGAUCCUCAAAGAGUACCAAUUGUCUGGAUACAGCUUGCCCUUGAGAAACUCUAUUACUUGAAGGAAUGCUGCUACGAACCUUCAAGGUGGCUUCAGGACCAGUACACGAAGCAUCAUGGAUCUCAGAACCCUGCAAGAUCACCAGCAAUAUCAUUGGAUGAUGGAUUAGUAUAUACACACAGGAUUCAGAUAACUCCUUGCAAAGUCUACUUUGCCGGGCCUGAGGUUAACGUCUCAAACCUUAUCGGUGGGAAGAAAUUCGAGUUCCUUGCUUUCUCAGCCAGCCAGCUUCGGGAGAACUCUUGCUGGAUGUUUGCUUCAAGAUACGGCCUAACCGCUGAUGAUAUAAGGAAAUGGAUGGGCGAUUUCCGUCAAAUAAGAAAUGUGGCCAAGUAUGCUGCCAGGUUGGGCCAAUCAUUCAGCUCCUCCACCGAAACACUAAGUGUCAGUGCAGAAGAAGUUGAAAUUAUUCCCGACAUAGAAGUGAAAAGUGGGGAAACUAAAUACAUCUUUUCAGAUGGAAUAGGGAAGAUAUCUGCACAAUUUGCCAAGCGAGUUGCAGCAAAAUGUAGCUCUUGCAAUGGUUCUGUCCCGUUGGCAUUUCAGAUUCGAUAUGGUGGGUAUAAAGGUGUUGUAGCAGUAGAUCCAACUUCAACGAAGAAACUGUCCUUGAGAAAGAGCAUGUUUAAAUAUGUGUCUGAGAACAUAAAGCUAGACGUGCUUGCUUAUAGCAAGUAUCAACCUUGUUUCAUGAACCGCCAGGUGAUCACGCUUCUCUCCACUCUGGGCAUUCCAGAUCAUAUUUUUGAAAAGAAGCAGAAAGAAGCAGUGGAUCAACUUGAUGCUAUAUUAACUGACCCAUCAGCGGCACUGGAAGCUUUGGACUUGAUGCCUCUCGGAGAGACCACCAAUGUACUGAAGGAAAUGUUGUUGUGUGGUUAUAACCCUGACGAUGAACCUUUUCUUUCCAUGAUGCUGCAAACUUUCCGGGCGUCUAAGUUGCUUGAUUUACGAACAAAAACAAGGGUGUUUCUUCCAAAAGCAAGAUCUAUGAUGGGUUGUCUUGAUGAAUCAAGAACUCUGGAGUAUGGUCAGGUCUUUGUGCAGUUUUCUGACUUUAAGAAUGACCGGUUUUCGAGAAGUGGUGUAUGCAGACGCUGUGUGCUCAAGGGGAACAUAGUGGUGGCUAAGAAUCCAUGCUUGCACCCAGGUGAUGUGCGUAUAUUGAGGGCUGUAGAUGUGCUAGCUUUGCACCAUAUGGUGGAUUGUGUUGUUUUCCCACAAAAAGGGCAUAGGCCACAUCCAAACGAAUGCUCAGGAAGUGAUUUGGAUGGAGACAUCUACUUUGUUUGUUGGGACCCUGAACUGAUCCCUCCUAAGCAAAUCCCACCGAUGGACUAUACCCCUCAACCAACUGUGCAGCUGGAUCAUGAUGUUACCAUUGAGGAAGUUGAGGAAUAUUUCACCAAUUACAUAGUGAAUUACAGCUUAGGAAUUGUUGCGCAUGCUCACAUUGUCUUUGCUGAUAAGGAACCUCGGAAAGCCAUGAGCAAACCAUGCAUAGAACUAGCACAUAAGUUUUCAAUUGCAGUCGACUUCAACAAAACUGGAGUUCCAGCCGUGAUACCUCCUCAUCUUCACGUCAAAGAGUAUCCAGACUUCAUGGAAAAGCCUGAAAAACCAACAUACCAAUCCUACAACGUCAUUGGGAAGCUUUUCCGAGAAGUGAAAGACAUUGCUCCGCACACCAGCUGUGUCAAGUCCUUUACUAAACAGGUGGCACGCCAGUGUUAUGACCCUGAUUUGGAAGUGGAUGGGUAUGAAGCUUACUUGGCCGAUGCCUUCUACUAUAAGAGCAAUUAUGACUACAAGUUGGGCAACCAGAUGGACUACUACGGGAUCAAAACAGAAGCUGAAAUACUGUGUGGGAAUAUCAUGAAGCUAUCCAAAUCUUUCACCAAGAGAAGGGAUUCCGAGGCGAUAGGGAUGGCUGUAAGGGCCUUGAAGAAAGAGGCCAGGUCGUGGUUCAAUGAGAAGGGAAGCAAUUUGGAUUCUGAAGACGAUGAUGUGUAUGCAAAAGCCUCGGCUUGGUACCAUGUUACUUACCAUCCAAAAUACUGGGGAGUCUACAAUGAGGGAAUGAACCGGCCUCAUUUCUUGAGUUUCCCCUGGUGUGUGUAUGACAAGCUGAUCCACAUCAAGAAGAAGAAGGUCGCUAGAAGGAAGGAGCUGGAAAAGCUGGAAUACCAGCUACAGCAUGGUCUGCGAUUGUGAGCAGCACUCUGGUUAGAAAACCAGAGGAAGGGAAGGUUUUCGUCUGUGUAUAUUUGCUAUAGAUGUCAGGUUAGAGGGUUGUGAAAAGUGCUUGGCUUUUGGAUGUUAUUAUAUCAGCAGUUUCAGGUAUGUAGAUAUACGCAGCCUGCCAAGGGUAGUAUGGCUUUUGCUAACAGUUCGAUAUCUGUCCAGCUUAUUUUGAAAUCUAUGCAAAGUUUGAUGCAGUGUUGGUAUAUGUAAAUAACAAGGUAAAGUAGAGGAAGCUCGAAUCCUCUCAACUUGACUUCAUCCUUUGUACAAAUUAUAACAGCAACUGCAGUUGACUCAUAUGUUAGAACCUUGAGCAUUUCAACUAAGAAAGAAUCAGAACCAUGUCUGCAACUAUUUUGUCUAUGGAAAGAUCAUCCAUGGCUUCCUGGUCUGGAUUUGCUUCGCCGAGGCAGGUACCGGUCCAUCAUCAGGAUCCCUAAUAGCAAACGGCCUACCGUUUAGUACCCAACUAACUAAUCAAUCUGACUUCGAAUGCUACAACAUUGAAAAUGGAAGCAGUAGUGCAUAGGCGAGGAGAAAAACUAUAUUGGAUUGUUGACACAGACAAAGAAGCAAUAAACUAGAAAUGAGCAGAAGCUGCUUACGAUCUGGAGAACUUCGCGAGGGAUGAGUGGAUUGGAAUCCGGAAGACUGAAUGAACAGGGCAGCCAGCAAUGCAACAAUGGAUAGUAGUACUAUCUUCCUCAAACCAGUACCCAUUAGUUCUUAUCUUUGACUUUGCUGUAACCAAACCCACGUUGGUUGUUUAAUAUGGCAGAGGCUUCAAUAUGAAAGAAACUAUAUCAAUUAAA